CGUCACUUACGUGUCAACAAUUCACAACUUACCAUUUCAAAACACACGAAAACACUCUCGGGUUGGUCCAGAAAGUGAUAGUACGUGUCGCUGCGGAAAAACUUUUAAAUUUCAUUAAUUUUCGAAAAAACAAACUAAAAUCCAUACACUAUGGCCCCAAAGCAGAGAAUGCGUAUCGCCAACGAAAAAGCCAGCAAAAUGGUGACAAUGAGGGGAAACGUACCCAAAUCGUCGAAACAAGAGAAGGAAAGCUCGCCAGUAGGCCCCUGGCUCCUAGCUCUUUUCAUCUUUGUUGUAUGUGGAUCAGCAGUUUUCCAAAUUAUUCAGUCUAUCCGUAUGGCAUAGUCAGCUCAACUUCCAAUAAUCAUCAUGUUUUCGUUAUAAACUUAUAAUUUUUGUAAAAUUGUUUUUCUAUUGUCAAUUUUUAAAAAAAUGUAAUAUAUAGUGUAAUUCUGUGGUCAAAAAAUCCUUUUAAUACAAUUUACUGUGUGUAUGUACGUAUACUUAUUUAAAUAAUUUUUCAGAACCAAUAUUUUUUCUUUAAUUAAAUGCAUUUGUGUACUUCAUGCAAGAUUUGGGUAUGUUAUGUAAACAAUAAUUUUUCAAGGGUUUAGUAGAAAGUUAAAUAUUUUUACAUGCAUUUAGUAUGCACAAAAGAUUAUGUUUUAUUUCUAUUAAAAAAAUAUAUAUCCCAGAUUUUAUCAUUCCAAUCAAUUUACUUUGCAAUAUGAACUGUAAGUUUUUUGAUCUUUGAUAAUAUAUUAUUAUUUUAA